CCCUGGCCACCCUGCCAACGCGACCCCCUCGCGGGCUCCGCAGGCUUAACCUCACUUGGACUCGCGGGCCGCCAGUCCGGCUCGUGGAGUGCGCACGCUCUCAACCACCCUCCCCGUUGUGCAGCCCGCGCGGUCUCCUCGGUCAGGAUGCCGGCCGCACUGACGACUCCCACCAAGCCAGAGUCCAGCUGCAGCGAAUGUGAAUGCAGCUGCGACGAGAGCGACGGCGGCAACCUGGGCGCGAGGGAAGCUGAGGAGGAGGAGGAUGAGGAGCAGCCACUGGCGGAGAAGAGGGUGAGCACCUGGAAGCAGUUCUGCAGGUCAGCAGGGAUCCACGGGCUCCACUACCUCGCGCGCGACGGCAGCUCCAAGCUCGAAAGGACGUUCUGGGCUUUCUGCCUGCUGGUGUCCCUCGGGGGCUGCUGUGCGCUGCUCUCCCGUAUGUACUACCGGUGGGAGUCCACGCCCAGCAUCUCCACGAGCGAGAUCCGGGUCCAGCCGCUGUUCGAGCUGCCCAUGCCCGCAGUCACCAUCUGCCCCGAGCUCAAGAUCAAACGCAGCGCCCUGGAUGGGAUGGAGGGCAACGAGACCGUGGCACAGCUUGAGCAGGGCCUCAAUUCGAUGCUCUGCGAAAACACGUCGAUUCCAGAGUCUAUGAAGACAAUAGGAAAAGAUCAAUUGGAUUUCCUAGUAGACGUGGCGCCGAAAUUUUCCGAUUUUGUGUUCGGUUUUCGUAGGAAGAACAUGUUUUACUCCUCCCUUCAGGGAGAUGAGGACGGCUUUGCAGUAGGAGAAGAGUUUUGGCAGCCCAUCCUGACCGACGAGGGUUUGUGCUACACCAUCAACCUGCUCACUCCGGCCGAACUGUUCAAGGAGGACACGGCGCAGCGCGUGCCCCCGCACCCGGACCCCCCCAACGUGACCCGACUCACGGCGGACGGCUGGGACCCCGUCACGGGCUACGCCACCGACAAGUUCAACAUGAGCGCGGACGACUCGUACCCGGUGCGUGCCAAGCGCAACGCCCUGAACGGCUUCUUCGUGGCCAUGUGCGUCCCCGAGACGGACAUGGACUACUCGUGCCGCGGGCCGCUGCAGGGCUUCAAGGCCGUGCUGCACAGCCCGACGGAGCUGCCGCACAUGCAGGACUCGGUGCGCGUGCAGCUGGGCGAGGAGACGCUCAUGCAGAUCCUGCCCUACACCACGUCCACGUCGACCGAGCUCGCCGGCCUGGACCCGUUCCGCCGCGGCUGCUACUUCCCCGGCGAGCGCCAGCUGCGGCACUUCGAGGUGUACACCCAGAACAACUGCGAGCUGGAGUGCGCGGCCAACGCGUCGCACAAGGCGUGCGGCUGCGUCAGCUUCUACAUGCCCCGCUCCCCGGACACGCCCAUGUGUGGGCCGGGCAGCAACGAGUGCGUGCGCGAGGCGGAGGUCGAGCAGACCCUGCUGGAGAUGAACGCCGCCGCCAAGGGCCGCGGCACGCCGAGCGAGACGGGCUGCAACUGCCUGCCGUCCUGCGAGGCCAUCGAGUACCGCGUGGACGAGGACCGCGCCAACUUCGAGUGGUUGGAGUCCGUAAAGGCGUGGCGCUACCCGUUCAACUUCUUCGAGGGGAAGGACUGUGCGCGCGUGUCGGUCUUCUUCAAGAACAACGCCGCCGAGAGCAGCCUCCGCAACGAGCUGUACUCGACGGAGAAGUUUUACGCCGCCUGCGCCGCGGUGCUGGGCCUCUUCACGGGCUUCAGCAUCAUCAACCUCGUCGAGGCCGCGUACUUCCUCUUCAUCGGCGUCAAGGGGAGGUUGACGCGCCGCUUCUGCAGCCCGGCUGCAGAGAAGAAGAAGACCAAGAAGAAGAGCGCCGAGGACAAAUACUAACGGCUAGAUGCGUCGACAAGCUUUCUUUUUCCACUCUUACAUUAAUUUGUCAGAAACAAGAAUAAAACAAUAAUCGUGUCCUUAUAACCGCGUAUCUAUGUUUCCACCGAGUAGGAGUUUCCGCGCCCUAGGCCAGGCCGGGACAGGGAUAACGAGCGACCAGGGAGCUGGCAGGAAAGUAUUACGUGAUGAGGUCACACGAUGGCCGCAGCCGCCGCCCGACAGGAAAGCCCCCAGGACGUCCCGCCCCGUGCCGCAGAGUGCCGCCAUCCCCAUGCGUUUCUCUCCCCCAUUCUCCCCUUUUUGCCCCCACCCUCCGUGCGUCCGCGGGUCGCAUCCCCCCCGAGGGCUGGCUGGAAGGGGCCCCACCCGGCCGGGGCCCCUGCGCCCGUGGCCGCCGCCCCACAGUCCUGUCGAGGCCGCCGCGCACAAUGCAGGCCCCCGACGACGACAGCAUCCCCGAGCAACCACCUCACCCGCUCCCAGAUCCUUCGGAUGGCGCGGUCCGUGCACGCCAGUCCUUUCGGGGGGGCCGCACCCGCGCCAUGGACGACGCCGGGGCCGAGGCCGAGGCUGAAGCAGAGGCCGACGG